UGCUCUGCACAACAUGGGCCCUCCUGCCCUCCGUCCAAUACACAAAUGGAUCGUAUUCUGCUGUCUGUUUGUGAUUUGUGUUGUGUUUUUGCCACAACAGCGUACCAACGAUGCUCCAUCACCGAAAUUUAAAGCACUCCUCCCGGUGACAACGAUCCCGGAUGACUCCGAAGAUCCAAAUGAUUCGUUUCCGUAUUCCAGUAUUCCAGUGCAGGACGCGACUGCGUUGCCCUUGUACUUUGUGGAGAGUUCCCAGUGCAAGAUACCCUAUGUGGAUCCCUUUGGGGCAGACACAAUGGCCGUGUACAAGCGAAUGGUGUACGAGCCGUGCUCCAACGACACCGCCCUCGUCACACCCCUCUACGAUGUGGGCAGGCAGCGCUAUGUGCUGCACAUCAAUGAGACUUUGGCCACCCGUCUGCUACAAUCGAGUGAGAUUGAGUACAAUUGCUACUACCAGGAGAUAAAACGCAGUCCGUCCGAUGGCUACGACAGCGUGGAUCGCAAGUACUUCUCCCAGGACUAUGUGGUGCCACUGCAUGUUGAGGCGCUGAUAUUGGGCUGCCAUCGAAUAGACAACACGUCGCACAUCCUCCAGAGCGAUGCCUACACGCUCGUCCAGUUCAGAGCCCCGCAGCCAGGACUCUCGUUGGAGCCAUCGAAGCGAAAGCCGUCUGUGCUCAUGUUCGGCAUUGACAGUCUCUCGAGAAUCAAUCUGAGGCGCACCAUGCCCAAAGUCUACAAAUUUCUCACUGGCAGCGGCUGGUACGAGCUUCAGGGAUACAACAAGAUUGGCGACAAUACGUUUCCCAAUUUGAUGGCCAUUCUGGCCGGCUACAGUCCGGAGUCUGCCAAGGCGCAAGUCUGCGAUUGGGCGACCCAUGGCUGCCUGGAUGAGACUCCCUUUAUCUGGAAGUAUUUCAAGAACGCCAGCUACCUGACGGCAUAUGCCGAGGACGAGUCUGGCAUAAACACCUUUAACUACGUAAAGCCUGGCUUCAACGAGCAGCCGACGGACUACUACCUCAGGCCUCUGCAGAAGGCAGCCGAGUCGGAUCUGGACACCUGGAAAUGUGCCGAUUGCUCGAUGAGAUAUUGCAUUGGUCGGCGGGAGACGAGCAGCUAUGCCUACGAUCUGUGCAAGGAGUUUGCCAGGCGGUAUGUGGACGAGCGACCCAUUUGGGGGCUGUUCUGGUCGAACAGCUUCAGCCAUGACGACUACCGAAUGCCAUCGAAGAUGGAGGACUACGUCCUGCAGUAUAUGCUGGACCUUAAAGCAGACGGCGUGUUCGAGCAGAGCAUUGUGAUAUUUCUCUCCGAUCACGGUUCGCGCUACGGGGAGAUAAUGUACUUUGAGAGCGGCUUCCUGGAGUCGCGUCUGCCCUCGAUGUUCAUCUACCUGCCGCCCUGGUUCCGUGCCCAAUAUCCCGAGUAUGCACGUGCCCUGGAACUGAAUCAGCAUCGGCUGACCUCCAACUAUGAUCUGCACAACACUCUGAAGCACAUCAUCGAGCUGGGCAGCCCCGAUGGCCACCCGCUGCCCAAGUCCUACGACUGCCCCAAGUGCCACUCGGUGUUCUAUGCGAUGGACGAGCAGCGGACAUGCGAAGAUGCUGGCAUCCCUGAGCACUAUUGCACCUGUGUGCCCUACAAGCGACUCUCCGGCGACUGGCCACGUCGCAUCGCCCCUCGGGUCAUUGAACGCAUCAACGAAUACCUGAGCGGCAGGAAUCUCAGCGCCAUUUGUGCCAAUUUAUCACUUUCCUAUGUACACGAAACGGAAAUUAGGGUCGCACUCGAUCAGAACUUCCACGACUUUCAGUCUACAUCCGACACUGCCGUAUAUCGCACAAUGUUCAAGGUGAAACAAAACAGUGCCGACUUCCGAGCCACAGUUGUCUUUAACAACAUUACAGAAGCUGUGGAGGUCAAUGUGACAUCUAUAAGUCGUCUCGAUUCCUAUGAAAACGAUGCCACUUGCAUUGCCGACAAAACUGACAAAUUGUACUGCAUUUGUCUGAGCAAUCUCAAAGAGUAGCCCAAAGUUCCAUAAUUACAGUGCCCGUGGUUGUCUGCCGGGCGCUAAGAAUUGGUUCAAUUAACUAAUUGAAAUUUGUAUUUUAUCUCAAACUAUUAUGAAUGGAACAACCGGAACCGAUGUACACACAGACAUG